ACUUCGUUGGUGGCAAAUGGCCGCUGUUACACAGAAACCUUCGUUAAGUCUACACAUAAAAUCACUAUUUGAAAUUUAUACAGACCGUGAGUAUAAUUUAAUUAUUCGUUCUGAAGUUUGGAAUAAAAAUAGGUUAGCGGAUAAAUAACCUACAACUUAUCCACGACCGCCAAAACAAAUGCUCAUUUCCGGUAACGAACGCGGUAAUUUCAAACUACAGGAUGAGCACUUUUAGCGGGAAAAUAAAAGAAAUUCCAAAUAUUAGCGUCGAUAGAUUUGUUGAAGAAAAUCUAAAAUCUGAAAUUUUUUUUCUAUCGCAUUGUCACACUGAUCAUAUGGUGGGAUUAGAUUCGUAUAAUUUUAAAUCCGAAUUGAUGGAUAAUAAAAAAUAUUUAUACGCUUCGGAAAUAUCGUGCGCAAUAUUAAAAAAUAUGUACCCUCAGUAUGGAGAUUGUUUGAAAAUAUUACCAUUAAAUACCCCUAAGAUAUUUCAAUUAAAAAAUAAUUCUUUUGCUGUUACGCUCAUACCUGCAGGACACUGUCCUGGUUCUGUAAUGUUUUUAUUUGAAAAUGAUAAAAAAAUUUUAUAUACGGGGGAUUAUCGAGUGAAUAUUAAUGAUAUAAAAAAAUUUACUGCUUUUUAUAAUACAUGUGGUUCCGUUAAAAUAAUGGAUAAAAUAUAUUUAGAUACUACGUUUUUUUUGAAAAAUUAUCCGAGUUUUCCUAAACGCGACGAAAGUCUUGAGCAACUGUGUGAUAUUUUAAAAAAGUGGUUAGAAGAAAAUGCCAGUAUUUUUGUACACGUAAAAACAAGUGCUAAAUACGGUUAUGAAUAUGUUUAUAAAGAGAUAUUUAAAAAAAUCGGCAUGCCAGUACAUGUAAACAAAGAUUUUUACAAAUUUUAUAAUCUCAUCCCUGAAUUAGAUGGUACUGUAACUUUAGACCCAACUAAAACUCGAAUACACGGUAAUUGCGGGACAAAACUUGCAUAUAACUGCCUUUCCGAUGAAAAACUACUCGAAAUAAAAACCGUUAAAUUAUCGGCAAUGAUGUGGAAUAAAAAUAGAAAGUACGAACCUAAAAUCGGAACACACUGUAUAUGUUAUUCUACGCAUGCUUCGUACGAAGAAGGCGUGGCAUUAAUAAACUUUCUAAAACCUAAAGAUAUAGAAAUAUGUGUCGAACAUGAGGAUGUUUGUAUAAACAAUGAAAUAAGAAAACUCGUUCAACAUCAUUUAUUAAAAAUACGAAAUGUUUCACCAAGUAAUCAAUCUGUGGAACCUAAAUUAUUCAACAUCGGAAAACGAAAAGAAUCUUUGGUGAAAAAUAUGAAUUAUGAAAUAUUUGAAAGUUCGAAUUCUGAAAAUUCUUCAAACAGAACUGAUUUAAAUGUUGUGAAACACAAUGAGUCACAAAGUGAAGAACAGUUUUUAGAUACAGUGCAAAAUAGUGAUGACGAUAAAAAUGUGUUAUAUAAAAUAAUGUUUGGAUCACCUGAAAUCAGUACAAAUAAAGUAGUAGACAUUAUUCCAGACGUAUCUGAUGAAGAAGAUAGCGUAAUAUACAAUAUCAUCAAUUGGUCCCCAAAUAAAAAGAAAAAGUUAUAGGAUAUAGUAUAUUAUAAUAAUUUACUAAAGAACUGAUUUUGUACAAGUUGUAUUUUGACUUUCAAUAAAGUUAAAACAAAAUUUUUUUAAUUGACAAGUCAAAUAAUAUUUUUCACUUGUUCUUGUUGAUAUAAGAAAUUAUGGAGUGUAGAGAAGGAGGAACGUCUCUGGGUUAAAAAAUGUGAGCUGAUUUUUGAUGGAUAAAUAGGUGGCGCUGAUUAUAGAGGGUAUUCGCUUGAAUUUUACGCGCUGAUUUGAAAAUAACUGUAUAGUAAUGUAACAAAACAGAAUCUCGUUAAAUUAACUUUAUUAUUUAGCUAUUUAUUUGGUUAAGAUAAUACAUAUAUUCUAAUAUGAAAAAAAAGUAGAAUCAUGUAACAAUAAUGAAAUAGUAUAAGAAAAACAUUUUGGUUGAUUAAAAUAAAAUAUUGAAUUUUAUCCGUAACUAAUAUAAUAAUUAUAGCGAUAUAAUUAGAUCAAUAAAAAUAAUAGAAUAAUAAAAAAAAUAUUUCGGUUCAUAAAAAUAAAAUAUUGAACUUCAUUAGCAACUAAUAUAAUAGUUAUAGUCAUAUAAAAA